AUGCAACAUACAUAUACUAAGAUAACCGAUUUACCUGAUGAGUUACUUAUUAUGAUAUUUAAAAGAUUAAAUAAUAUUGAAAUACUUCAAUUUUUAAUGAAUGUUAAUACACGAUUUAAUAAAAUUGUACGUGAUUCAACUUUUACUAAUCACUUAACAUUAUUAAAAUGUUCAUUUAAUCAUAUUAUAUAUUCAUUAUCAGAUACAAUACUUGAUAAAUUUUGUAUAGAAAUAAUACCUCAAAUUAAACAUAAUAUCAAAUGGCUUGAUAUCGAAUCAUUAUCUAUGGAACGUAUCCUUCUUGCUGCUAAAUAUCCUAAUUUAAAUGGACUUGGUAUUUUCAAUAUUAAUGAAGAAGUAGCACAACGUUUGUUUAUUGAGGAAAAUCGUUUAAAUUCCAUAUUCAAGCAAAUAACAAGAUUGGUUAUUACAUUUGCUAAUAGUGAUAAAAAAUACAUGACGGACGAAGAACGAAUAAAUAUAUUUACAUAUAUAUUAAAUAUAUUUAUAAAUAUACGUUAUUUGAAAUUGUAUACAUCUUCACAAUUCUGUAUUUAUCAUUUAUCAUUCGAAAAUUAUCUUCCAACUUUUUUCUCUUCAACUCUAAUUGAAUUACAUAUCUGUGUAUUAUCAUUCAGUGCUUGUCUUUAUUUACUCGAUGGUCGUUUCAAUCAACUUCAAACGUUAAUUGUGACAAUUGAUUGGAUUGUAUUUGAAAAAACGACGAUUAAUAAUAAUAAAGGAAAAUUGCCGAAUCUAAGAUAUUUUUCACUAACAUGUAAUUCAGGUUUAUGUCAUUAUAAUGGAUCGGUUUUACCACUUUUACAUCGAAUGAUAAACUUGAAAAAACUUUCCUUAUACAUUGUUGUUAAUCCUUACGAACAAUUUAUUGAUGGAAAUAAUUUGAAGAAAUAUAUUCUCGAUCAUAUACCUCAGUUAAAUGAAUUUACAUUUAAUAUUCGAUCAAUUAUUUAUGAUAUUGAUAAUAAAUAUUUAUUGACAAAUGAACAAAUUCAAAAUACAUUUACAAAUUUCAUUGAUAAUAAAAUAAUAUCUUGUGUUGAUUAUUUUCCAAAAAAACAAACUGGUUAA